CAUCCUCACUUCACAAAAAGCAAGUAACAAGCCAAGCCAAGUUUUCGGCAAGAAACCCUCUUUUAUCGCUCCACGAUGGCGACGAUGUCCAUGAUGGUCGACAACGACAGCGUCUUCCUGGACUCGAUCCCGCGUCUGCGCUGGAGCCCCAAGAACAACCGCUUCCACUAUAACAUGCCGGUGGCGGCUGAACCAGGCGACAACGGAUUCGUGCUGCUGCAGGAAUACGAACAUGCGGACUCGCUCAGCUCCGUGAAGCUGCCGGCCAAGGAGCGCCACCACCUGGAGGAGAUGGAGCGCAUCAACCACCUCAUCCACGAUGUGGAGAACUCGGUGCAUCUGCGCGAGACCGUCAAGGUGCUGGAGCAGAAGCGUAUGCACCACGACGAGUACCACGAACGCACGAUCAAUGACGAAGAAGAGCGGCCGCAGGGUCUUAAGAAGAAGGACAGUUUCCGCCAGCGUCAACCGCCCAAGCGCUCGUAUGAAGGGCGACGACAGAAACCCACGCGGAUGGGCCGCGUGCACCAGCCCAAAUAAUGCCGCUGCAAAAGCAGACCUGGUAAACAGACGUGAUGGUAUCAGUGAAUCUGCGUUGUGGUACAUUCAGAAAAAGAUGACAAGAAAUCGGGCGUGAACUUCUGCGCCGAUCUGUAAACUAUCAGGAGCACGACAGAGGUUGCCCGAAAUAAUACAUACGUUCUCACUGGUGCGAUACCAGUGGUGCAAUACACGUAUAUGAAACGCAUGCAAUUCUAUUGCUGGUGGAGCACUACAGGCAUCGACUGCCCGUCGCGAUAAUCUGAUAGAUGCUGGCACAAUUGCUGGCAAAAACAAGGACGUUCCAUAUUGUAGCGCUUUGUGUUUGCCAACCAAAGACAGAUUGUCAUUUUGUACGAGCACGAUAAGACAAUCUUGUCAUUGCUCUUGUUUCUGCCGUUGGAUAAGAGGGUUAAUUCAACGUCUCGCUAUCCAGUGCCUGUUUGACCUGUAACGCUACGACGAAGCGCAACAAUGUGAGUCACCGCUGUAAAACGGUAUCACGUUUCCAGCGGUGAUACAUCGUAGGCACGAUCACGGCGCCAAUGGCAAUAAUCGAGUGCAGGCAAAACAGUGAUCGGAACAAAAAACUCAUCUUUGUUGCCAUUAGGGCAGGCUACAAUAUAUAUAUAUAUAUAUAUAUAUAUAUGUUUAUAUA